AUUUAAUGACAUUUGGAUAAGAAAACUAAUUUUGGAAAAAUAAAGAAAUUUGAAGAUUCUAAAAUUUGUAGAAUUUAAAAUAGUUAAAAAUAUGAAAUAUAAUACACUAAAGUAAAAAAAGCACAAUGAACAAAAUAAAACUAAUAACGAUUUAUAUUUAUACUUUAAUAUAAAAAUGAAUUUAUCAUAAAAUUUUGAUUAAUGUUGUAGAAGGCAAUUAGUACCUGAUAUUGCUAAUGUUGGCCGAUAUUUAGUAAAUUUAACCAUUAUCCAUAAAAUUGUACUAAUACAAUAUUAAUUAAAUUAUUUUAAUGUAAAUGGAUAAUUAUUCGAAGUUAGGUGCAAACGCAUUUGCGAAGAUGGAGAAGGUGAACUCAGAACUGUUUUGUCUGACUUAUGGUUCAAUGAUAAGUCAGCUUGUACGAGAUAAGGAGCAUAGCGAUGCUGUAAACGAGCAUUUGAUAUUGAUGGGUAAAAAUAUAGGCAGUAAACUUGUAGACGAACUACUCGCCAAACUUGGCUGUGUUCCAUGUACAGAUUUUAGAAGUACCGUUGAAGUUAUCGCAAAAGUCGGGUUUAAGAUGUUUUUGGGAAUCUCUGGGAAUGUUGUGGAGGUUGACCAGGAGAAUAAAGUGUACAACAUUACGUUCCAGGAAAAUCCACUGGACCAAUUUGUAGAAUUGCCUGAAACUUUAAAGGAUUUAAACUACUCUAAUAUUUUUUGUGGAGUAAUUAUCGGAGCUCUAGACCAGCUCCAAAUGAAGGUACAAUGUUACUUUGUCAAGGACAUGUUGAAAGGAGAUGAUGUUUAUGAGAUUACAAUAAAACUUGAAGAGGUGGUUAAGGAAACGUUAUCAGAUGAAGAAUGAAUUUUGAAUAUUUUUAAUUUCAUAUCACACAAAAUUAAAAUUUAAUCUUAUAACAAUAUUUAA